AUGCCGUCACCACAACACGAACGCGAACGCAUCGCUCUUGACUACUUCUCCCUUGCACCACUAGAGAACGUUGUCAAGGGGUUGAGCGAUGUCAACUACAACAUCCCCGGCGCCUACCCCGCAACACUACCAAACGCCGAAACCUACCACCAUCAACGUCCUUCGAUCGUCAUUCCGGCCAACUGCCAGACGGACGAGUUCGGAAAACGAUUGAUCAGCCCCCCACUUGAAGCCCCAAAGAGUCUCCUAACGGCGAUGUUGGUGAGUCCCACCACGACUGCAGAGGAGGGAAGUACCAUCCCUUCAUCUCCCGAGAUGAGUUUAGCAGGGAAUGAGUCGACGAGCUCAGAAGAAGAAUGUGAUCAGAAGCUCAAGAAGAGGACUGUCAAAUUUGGUAUUUCCCCGAGAACCAGGGUCGUGCCGCCUACGCCUAAAUCCACACCUGUCGAUAAAGUCCCAUCACCAAUGAAGAAGCCAUCGAUCAAGUUUGCUUGUGUGCCUUCUGCAUCGGAAAGUGAGGCACAGGCUCCUGCCCCUGUGAGGAAGGUCACACUCGCAAGAUCGCCGGCGCCUCAUCGUCCCAGUGCUUUGCAUGUGCGGGAAAAGUCUUCCUCUAGCGAGGAAAAGGAGAAGAAAGAAGAGCAGGUACCGGUAAGGCGUACGAUCAAGUUCGCCUGUGCACCUGCGCCUGCUAAGGACAAGAGUCCUGUUGUAUCAGAGAGCGAACAGGCACCUCCCAAGCAGCGCAGUAUUAAGUUCGCGUGUCCUGCAAAUCCGAAGACUGCGCCUGUUGUCACCGUGGCGGCAGAGCAGCCAGUGCAAGCACAAGCGCAGGAAAAGAGGAAGAGCAUCAAGUUUGCUUGUGUGCCUCACAAGACGACCACGCCUACCCACACUGCAUCCGAAUCUGAGCAGCCAGCGACGCGCAUGAAUGCCUCUGUUACUGUCAAGUUUGCUGCAUGUGCUGCUGUGACUUCUGAGAGUGAAGGCGGCGAUGUUAGUUCGAGGAGUCACGGUCGUAUGCACUGGGAUUCCACGACAGCCUCCGCUAUUACGACGGCUGCUACCUCUCCUGACCAUCAUCACCACUUUUUUGAUACCUCGAGGAGGACAUCUGCGUCUCAUGAUGCUUCUUCCCGUCGUCCUAGCGGUGUCGGUGAAAGAUAUCUUCCUGAACGGAGCACAGACGCGCAUAUGAAGACUGUCGACGGCGUGCUGCAGAAAGCGAAAGAAGACGAGCUGGCGCGCAUGGCGAGGGAAAUAGAGGAGGAAGAAGAGGAAGACGAGGAGCUGGAUGAAGAGGAAGAGGGGUACGUUGAGGAUGAUGAAUACGACGAGGACGAUGAUGAGGAUGUGGAGGUUUUUGGGGCUGAGGAUGAAUAUGAGGAUGAAGAAGAUGAAGAGGGAGAGCAAGAAGAGAAUGAUAACGUGGAUGAUGAGGAUGAGGAUGCGGAGGAUACCGAUGAAGGUAUUAUCUCCAGGGGUGAGCAGACGCCAAGGGCCACAGGUUCAAGCAUGCGUCUUCACCUUCCUCCCCGCUCACCUUCUUGCUUCCUCAUUCCGCUCACUGGACCACCCCUUACACCCUCCGCCCAACUCGCCGACAGACUUCCCGACGCAGUUGAUUUCGUCGCGGGAAGGAUGGAAGAAGACCAAGCUGCUGAAGAGGCUUUUGCCAACGCAGUCGAAGAGAAGAGGGCUAGGCAGAGGGUUAUCACGCCUCAGGACAUCGACCCGUACUUCCCGGAUGAUGUCGUUGAGGACGAGGAAGAGGUUCCGAAGGAGGUUCUAGGCAAGAGUCCCCCACCUGCUCCUCGCCGUCGUCUCUCUCCACCCGCCGUGAACCUUAACCGCACCAAGUCCCUCCCUGGCCGCAACCGCACCUCGUGCCGCGCCGUGGCAAUUUGUCCCCCGAAACCUUUGAGCUCGAGUGUCAACAUUGCGCAAUUACAACAACCCCGUCGUAGACGUGGCGCGUUGGAUAUUGUCAAGGGACUCGAGCGAAAGAAGGCGAAAAGAAAGGGGCUGUUGAACGCGCCAAUGAGGGAGUGUUUGGCUGUUGGUGCUGGUGCGGCAAAGAUGGCCGAGAUGGCGAAGGGACUUUGUGGGAAGAAGGUUGAGGGGUUGUGGGUUUUGAGUGUAUGA